AUGCAUUUAGUCCGUCACCACCUGAUACGAUCUUUCUCUCAUUUCUCAGGUGAUCGAGGCCAGAAAGGAGAGAAGGGAGACAGAGGUGGCGAAACAGCCGCCGCCGAGCAGGGGCUGAUCCGGCUGGUGAACGGCUCCGUCCCCCACGAGGGGCGGGUGGAGGUGUUCCACGACCGGCACUGGGGGACGGUGUGCGACGACAGCUGGGACAAAAAGGACGGGGACGUGGCCUGCAGGAUGCUGGGUUUCCGAGGCGCCGAGGAGGUGUACAGGAUGGCCAAGUUCGGGCAAGGUAUAGGGCGGAUCUGGAUGGACGACGUCGCCUGCAAAGGCACAGAGGACAGUCUGUUUCAGUGCACCUUCUCCAGCUGGGGGAAGAGCAACUGCGGCCACGCCGAGGACGCUGGAGUGAAGUGCCUCCCGCAGUGACCUCAAGGACAAGCCACCAGCGGGAAGCCAGAUUAUCCCACCGGGACGGGGCUGUGCCGAGGGAGAGGGACACACUGAGACAUGCUGCAGCAACCACCCGUAUAUCCUUAGCCCAGCCGCUGCUCCAGGGUGACUGAGCGUCUGCCUUUUGCCUCCGGGCUCACUGCCGAGACUGUCGUCUUCUGAUCUACUGCGACUCCUCUCCCGUGUGCCCCACCGUCCUGGGUAAUAUUAGCACUUCCUGUAGCCUUCCCCCUCCUUCCUUGUCCGUCUCUUGCUCUCGCUUCUAGACCAAAGUUAAGGCUGCAAAGCCAUUAUCCCUAUCCACCUCUUCUCCUUUCUCCAGCCCUGUAAUAUACAUGGCUAUUUUAACAGCAGCGGAGACUCAGCAUCUUGCCGCGGGCUCGUAGGGCUGGACUAUGAGACUAGUGCCGCGGCUCGGAAAGACUCCGAGGUAUAUACGACGAGGAGCAACUGCACUUAGGCUGUCCGGAGAGGGGCGUAUUCUACUGUUUAGCUUAGCAAGCCAGCGAACCAGCCCCAGCCUGUGCGCCCUCAAACAUUUUAGUAGAGAAAUAAAUGUCUUUUUACUCUU